UCCCGGGCGCGCGUGAGGCGCUUGCAGUGCGACGACAAAGCGGAGGCUGCGCGAAGGUGACCGCGGCCCAGCUUCCAGCCCCGGGCUCUGAAGGAUGGCUGCCAUGUUGGGGGACGCCAUCAUGGUGCUCAAAGGCCUUGCCAAGCUGACUGAGGCGGCUGUGGAAACCCACCUGCAGCACUUGGGCCUCGGAGGGGAGCUCAUCAUGGCGGCCAGGGCCCUACAAUCCACAGCUGCAGAGCAGAUUGGCAUGUUCUUGGGGACGGUGCAGGAGCAGGAGAAGCAUGAAGAACCUUACAUUUCUGAGAGUUUUGAUGACCCAGAAUCAGAGUUCCACUUCUCAGGGCCAGGGGCCGAGGGAGCCUCUCCAGACUUCUCUGCAGCCUCUUCCCAGGACCAGUCAUCAUCUCCACCCCAGGAUCACGCUGGCAGAAAGGGUCCAGCUACUGCCUACGUUGACAGUGGACCCUUUAGGGAAGCUGGGCUCCCAGGCCAGGCUGCCUCUCCUCUGGGCAGGGCGAAUGGGAGGCUCUUUGUAGACAGCAGAGCCCCCUUCUCUCCCACUGGCCUUCAGCAAAGGUUUUACCACCAGGACCAGUCCUCCGUGGGGGGCCUUACGGCCGAGGACAUUGAGAAGGCCCGGCAGGCCAAGGCUCGCCCUGAGAGCAAGCCGCACAAGCAGAUGCUCAGUGAGCGGGCUCGGGAGAGGAAGGUGCCAGUUACACGGAUUGGGCGGCUGGCCAACUUUGGAGGUCUGGCUGUGGGUCUGGGCUUUGGAGCACUGGCUGAAGUUGCCAAGAAGACCCUCCGCCCUGAGGACACCUCAGGGGGGAAGAAGGCUGUGCUGGACUCUAGCCCCUUCCUGUCCGAGGCCAACGCAGAGCGCAUUGUGAGCACCCUCUGCAAGGUGCGGGGGGCGGCGCUCAAGCUGGGCCAGAUGCUGAGCAUCCAGGAUGAUGCUUUCAUCAACCCCCAUCUGGCCAAGAUCUUUGAGCGGGUGAGGCAGAGCGCGGACUUCAUGCCACUGAAACAGAUGACGAAAACUCUCAACAGUGACCUGGGCCCCAACUGGAGGGACAAGCUGGAGUACUUUGAGGAACGACCCUUUGCAGCCGCCUCCAUCGGGCAGGUGCACCUGGCCCGAAUGAAGGGCGGCCGUGAGGUGGCCAUGAAGAUCCAGUACCCUGGCGUGGCCCAGAGCAUCAACAGUGACGUCAACAAUCUCAUGACUGUGCUGAACAUGAGCAACGUGCUUCCAGAAGGCCUGUUCCCUGAGCACCUGAUCGACGUGCUGAGGCGGGAGCUGGCACUUGAGUGCGACUACAAGCGGGAGGCUGCCUGUGCCAAGAAGUUCAGGGAGCUACUGAAGGACCACCCCUUCUUCUACGUGCCCGAGAUCGUGGAUGAGCUCUGCAGCCCCCACGUGCUGACCACAGAGCUUGUGUCUGGCUUCCCCCUGGACCAGGCUGAGGGGCUGAGCCAGGAGAUCCGGAAUGAGAUCUGCCAUCACAUCCUGGUCCUGUGCCUGAGGGAGCUGUUCGAGUUCCACUUCAUGCAAACAGACCCCAACUGGUCCAACUUCUUUUACGAUCCUGAGCAGCACAAGGUGGCUCUUCUGGACUUUGGGGCAACUCGGGAAUAUGACAAGUCCUUUACUGACCUCUACAUCCAGAUCAUCAGGGCUGCUGCCGACAGGGACAGGGAGACUGUGCUGAAGAAAUCCAUAGAGAUGAAGUUCCUCACCGGCUACGAGGUCAAGGCCAUGGAAGAUGCCCACCUGGACGCCAUCCUCAUCCUGGGGGAGGCCUUUGCCUCGGAGGAGCCCUUUGACUUUGGCACCCAGAGCACCACCGAGAAGAUCCACAGCCUGAUUCCCAUCAUGCUGAAGCACCGGCUCAUCCCGCCCCCUGAGGAGACCUACUCACUGCACAGGAAGAUGGGGGGCUCCUUCCUCAUCUGCUCCAAGCUCAAGGCCAAGAUCCCCUGUAAGGCCAUGUUCGAGGAGGCCUACAGCAACUACUGCAAGAGGCGGGCGGAGCAGUAGCCGCGCAGUGGGAACUCAGCCCUGUGCAGCCGAAACUAGUAGGAAGCUGGUGGUGGUAAUGCUCCGUUUAAACUCCUUUGCCCAAGGAGGGGUGGCAGGCUCCGGCGGGGAGGGGUGCUGCUUGGAGCCCCGGUGCCAGCGCUUAUCCUGGUUUUUACUGCUAAGACGGUGCGGGGCGCGGGCGCGGGCGCAGGAAUGAAAAUGAAACAGCAGCUGUCAGAAUCUGCCAGCUGUUUCUUCAGAGGCUGAAUACUCUGGAAAGAGAUCCGGCAGUUUUCUUCCCUGUUCCUUUUAGUAACAGGGCUUUACUUAAAGUGAAUGUUAACCCAAAGGCGUGAGACUCCUCCUGUCAAGUCCCUGCCACCAAGAAAAAUAGAGAACCCUUUUUGGAUGUUAUUGGACACGUGCAUAAGGUUUGUGUAUGUGUUUCUAGAAUGAGAUUUGUGUUUCCUGCCCUUUUCCUCUCUGGCUUGUGAUCUGCAGCUGGGAGAAGUCAGAUCUGAGCAGUGCCAACAGGUACUGUUUAACCAAGUGAGGCUGCUUUCUGGUUGGUUGCUGUACUUUUUGAGAACUGGAAGUUUCCAGAGAAUUGCUGCCUCCCAUGGGUAGAAAAGUGACAGCUCGUCUUCUAGCACGUGCUAGAAGAUGGUGUGUGUGUAGGGGAACCUCUUUUCCCCUCCAGGCCCAGAAGCCUUUGCGGAAGGAUAUGAAUGUGCAGAUGUUACCUGGUUAGACCUGAGGGGUCCUCACAGGCUCUGUUAAUUUUUUUAAAAUUCAUAUAAUUGUCUGAUUUACUUGUUUCAAUAAAAGCAAAACAUCCUACCACUGCGGCAUUAAUUCUUUCACUCCUAAAGAGCUCUGAGCCGGUGGGGAGGAGCCCAAGGUCAGUGUCACACCCCAUCCUGCCUCCAGAUGCUCCUGCAAGGUUUG